AUGAUAGGCUUGGCACAACGUGUGAAGAAGGUAUAUGAAAUCGAAUGGGGAUCAAUCGAUAAUGUAGCAAGUUUUAUGACUUUGGUUGAAGAAUUGGCCAUUACGGUAGCUCAAAUACAUUGUGAACCCCCAUUACCUAUAUUUCCAACGAAGAACACGAAAAAUUUUAUAAUGGCAUGCAAGAAGUCGAACGACAAUAGAGAAAUCAUUCGAACAACAUUAUCUUCUUUUGCAAAGCAAAAAUAUUUAAUGAAAGACAUUCGUUGUUUCUCCAUGAUCUAUGCCGAGAUCGCUCGUCGGGACCAUGAAAUAUUCUUUCGAAAUUUUCGCAAUGCAAAUGUGUUCAAAGGAACAGAGUCUCUCAAUGAUGCUAGAAUGCUAUAUCCUUUGGUGCAUACUCGUAGAGAAGCAGUGUUAAUUGUAGGUGGAGGCAUCGGUGGAUUGGCAACAGCUCUCAGCUUUGCACAAGCUGGUAUAAGAGUCAGAUUAGUAGAGAAGAACAAUAAUUUUCGAGAAGUCGGUGCAGGUAUGCAGCUAGCGCCAAACUGCAGUCGUCUGUUGGCUCGAUUAGGCGUUUUACAGCAGGUACAAGCAAAUGCUGUCUUUCCAAAACAAAUCGUUUGGAUGGAUGCAUUAUCCGGAGAACGUCUUACUUGUCUUGAUUUAGGUCCAAAAUUCGUUGAAAGAUUUGGCUACCCAUAUAUUGUUGUUCAUCGAGCCGAUCUUCUGAAUGCUCUCUAUGAAGCAUGUAUAAAGAAUCCCUUGGUAACAUUGGAAACAAAUCGUACUGUAGUUACCGUCGACGAGAGACCUAAGUCGAUAAUGCUUGAAUGUACCACUGGUAUGCGCUAUGAUUGCGAUAUGGUAGUUGCUGCUGAUGGUCUAUGGUCGGCUUUACGCAAGUACGUCUGUGAUGAUGGGGAUCCACUCAGCGUGGGUCGUAAUCCAUUAUCCAAAUGGAGUCGUGGACGCCUUGUAUUGGUUGGUGAUGCGGCUCAUCCGAUGCUUCAAUAUGCUGCACAAGGUGCUGCUCAAGCAAUUGAAGAUGCAUGUGCACUCGCUGAUGCUUACAAGAAGCACGGUCCAUCAAACAUCGAAGCUGUAUUUCACGAGUACGAACAAGAAAGAAUACCUUUAUCAUCAAAAGUUGUUCAUUUUGCACGUGCCAUUGGUGACUUUGCACAUCAAAGCGGAAAUGCAAAGACUAUUCGAGACGAAAUUUUAUGUAUGCAUGAUAUGCAUGAUUUCGAUUGCAUCACAUGGCUGUAUGAAGAAAAGAGAAAUGAAAAAAAAUAA